AUGUACUCGUAUAUACCGAGCGCACUGCAGUGUACGGAAUGCCCAUCUUCUGUUUCCUACAUCCUAACUCAGCCUGGCCUUAUCUUCACGGCUCCUAAGAACGAAUCCGACCAGGCACACUUCGUUGUCUGCAACUCGUCGCUCUCCAAGUUUGGCACGCUUGGCUUCGAGCUGAAUCACUCGCUCAUCUUGCCCGACGCGCUGACCAUCUGGAGGCGCAAUUCGGCGACUUUACGAACAACGCGCAGUGCAUUAUACAAGCCUGAGCUCGGUAAGAAUGUGCCGCACAGAGCGAAGGGCCACGACCUCCUCGAUCUCCUGCAGUCCUACGACGUCGCCAUUUUCCGGGUAGUCUGGUUCCUCCGUGUCUUCGGAGGGAGGGAACGAAUCCGCCUGCGCAACAAAAUGGGGUACAACCCGUCCCAGUACAGCAUCGAAUGGGCUAACCUUCAGCGCUCAGCGCUCAGCUCCUGCUUGGAGCUCCUGCGCACGUUCUAUGCGGAGGGCCUGGCUGUUAACCGCACGUUCCUGGCAUGGCUCGUGCAGCAGAUGGGGACGUGCAACCUCGCGCAGCUGGGCUUUGUCGCGCGCCUGGCUGACGAAUACAUCGACGGUAUGCUUAUCAACCGCGCUCUCACGCAUCAUUUCAUCGACGCUGGCUUGAACCGACUCAAAGAGCAUUCGUUCCUCGCGCUUCCCGACGCAUUUGUCGGUCCCCGCGUAUGGCAGCUGCAUUCGGAGCUACUGGGCGAGAUACUCUCCACCGCGAUAGCGCCUGCCGAGGGUACUCCGCCACAGAACACUCAGGCGCUCCAGCAAACGCUCCAAUUGCAAGAGCUCUUCAAGGCUUUGCAGACGAGUCAAGCGCCGAAGCGAGGCCAUGCUAUUCCGCCACUUGCCUCCCCGCGUUUGUGGGAAGCCUCACCUCAGCGCUUUCGGAUAUCAAGUGUCUUCUUCCUCGAGGACGCCUCGAUCCCGCACCCGUGGUUUGCGCGCAAGCUCGACAUCCUCUUAAUUUGGAGCGUGACUUCACUGGUGGCGUUGUAUGAAGACUACCUGCGAUCGGGGUCCACGACCGCCUUUGAGUCGUGGGUGCAUGUCGCGGCGAAGGACGGUCAGUAUCAGGGGCACAGAUUGGACAGUCUCCGACGAUCAAGGAAGAAUGCGAAGAAGCUUUCCGAAUUAAGAGAGGUGACUGAUAAUGUACUUACCGGCGGAGACGCGAGCCGUCGUGGUGCUAACUCGCAGGGCUUCAGGGAGCUCUGCGAAGAUGGAGAUUGUCCUAGAGUUGUUGGAUUGAUCUACGUGGACACUCUUGGGAAUGUCAAGAGUGCUCCGACUCCGCCUGAGUUUCUUGCCCGCGAGCCUGAGGCGUACGAUCGAGCAGGAAGCGCCCGCACGACUGGGCGUCUUGCAGCUUCGUUUACUUACCUCACGUUCAUGGCUUCGAGCGACGGCUACAACUUGAACAUUCGCGAGCAGCGCAAAUUCCUCUCUCAUUCUAGAUGGUCUCACAUACAACUCACUGGUUACCCACCUCUCGUACGAAGUCUCGGCUUUACGCCCUUUGAACGACCAGUUGCAACCGUGGACGUACUUUCCACCAUACUGUCCGCUAUCCACCCACUACGAACAGCCUCGUAUGGAAUAUGCCGGUUGCUUUGGCCCCUUCGGGAGGCCGAGUGA